AUGCUCACCGACCGUUCACUAGUGUUGUCCGGAAUUGAAUCAGUGCCGUCGUCCCGAGCAUUUCGCCUUGGUGCUCGCGUUCAAUUUCCGCUCUUUCUUUUCUGUCAUUUUCUGAAGAAAUUCAUUAAUCUAUCUAUCUAUCUAUCUAUCCAAGAGUGGGCAUCAUUCACUCUUUAUGUCACUUCGUUAGGAGUGGGCAUCAUUCACUCUUUAUGUCACUUCGUUAGGAGUGGGCAUCAUUCACUCUUUAUGUCACUUCGUUAUGAGGGUAAUCAUUCACUCUUUAUGUCACUUCGUUAUGGUGAGCAUCAUUCCUCUUUAUGUCACUUCGUUAUGAGUGAGCAUCAUUCCUCUUCAUAUCACUUCGUUAUGAGUGAGCAUCAUUCCUCUUCAUGUCACUUCGUUAUGGUGAGCAUCAUUCCUCUUCAUGUCACUUCGUUAGGAGGUGUGAGCAUCAUUCUCUCUUCAUGUCACUUCGUUAGGGUGAGCAUCAUUCACUCUUCAUGUCACUUCGUUAGGGGUGAGCAUCAUUCACUCUUUAUGUCACUUCGUUAUGGUGAGCAUCAUUCAUCUUGUCACUUCGUUAUUAGUGAGCAUCAUUCACUCUUUAUGUCAUUUCGUUGCAUCAUUCACUCUUCAUAUCACUUCGUUAUGGUGAGCAUCAUUCACUCUUUAUGUCACUUCGUUGGGUGGGCAUCAUUCAACCUUCAUGUCACUUCGUUAGGACUGAGCAUCAUUCACUCUUUAUGUCACUUCGUUAUGAGGGCAUCAUUCACUCUUCAUAUCACUUCGUUGUGGAGUGAGGCAUCAUUCACUCUUCAUGUCACUUCGUUAGGAGUGAGCAUCAUUCAACCUUUAUGUCACUUCGUUGGAGUUCGAGCAUCAUUCACUCUUCAUGUCAUUUCGUUAGGAGUGAGCAUCAUUCCUCUUUAUGUCACUUCGUUAGGAGGUGGCAUCAAUCACUCUUUAUGUCACUUCGUUAUGAGUUCAUCAUUCAUCUUCAUAUCACUUCGUUGUGGUGAGCAUCAUUCACUCUUUAUGUCAUUUCGUUGGGGUGAGCAUCAUUCACUCUUCAUAUCACUUCGUUAUGAGGUGGGCAUCAUUCACUCUUUAUGUCACUUCGUUUCGUUAGGUGAGCAUCAUUUCAUUCACUCUUCAUAUCACUUCGUUAGGGAGUGGGCAUCAUUCACUCUUCAUGUCACUUCGUUAGGAGUGAGCAUCAUUCACUCUUCAUGUCACUUCGUUAUGAUGGGCAUCAUUCCUCUUUAUGUCAUUUCGUUGGGUGGGCAUCAUUCAACCUCUUCAUCAUUGCACUUCAUUGUCACUCUUCAUAUCACUUCGUUAUGGGUGAGCAUCAUUCACCUCUUUAUGUCACUUCGUUGGGAGUGGGCAUCAUUCACUCUUUAUGUCACUUCGUUAGGACUGUGCAUCAUUCACUCUUUAUGUCACUUCGUUAGGAGUGGGCAUCAUUCAGUCUUCAUAUCACUUCGGUGGGCAUCAUUCACUCUUCAUGUCACUUCGUUAUGGAGUGAGCAUCAUUCCUCUUUAUGUCACUUCGUUAUGGUGAGCAUCAUUCACUCUUUAUGUCAUUUCGUUAGGGUGAGCAUCAUUCACUCUUCAUGUCACUUCGUUAGGGGUGGACAUCAUUCACUCUUUAUGUCACUUCGUUAUGGUGAGCAUCAUUCACUCUUUAUGUCACUUCGUUAUGGUGGGCAUCAUUCACUCUUCAUGUCACUUCGUUAUGAGGGUAGGCAUCAUUCACUCUUCAUGUCACUUCGUUAUGUCAUCAUUCACUCUUUAUGUCACUUCGUUAGGGUGAGCAUCAUUCACUCUUUAUGUCACUUCGUUAUGGUGAGCAUCAUUCACUCUUUAUGUCACUUCGUUAGGGUGAGCAUCAUUCACUCUUCAUGUCACUUCGUUAGGGGUGGCAUCAUUCACUCUUUAUGUCACUUCGUUAGGGGUGAGCAUCAUUCACUCUUUAUGUCACUUCGUUGGGGUGAGCAUCAUUCCUCUUUAUGUCACUUCGUUAUGAGGUGGCAUCAUUCCUCUUCAUAUCACUUCGUUAUGGUGAGCAUCAUUCACUCUUCAUGUCACUUCGUUAUUAGUGAGCAUCAUUCCUCUUUAUGUCAUUUCGUUAGGAGUGGGCAUCAUUCACUUUCAUGUCACUUCGUUAUGAGGUGGGCAUCAUUCACUCUUCAUGUCACUUCGUUAGGACUGAGCAUCAUUCAUUUUUAUGUCACUUCGUUAGGGAGUGGGCAUGUUCACUUUCGUUCACUUCGUUAUGGAGUGAGCAUCAUUCCUCUUCAUGUCACUUCGUUAUGGUGUCAUUCAAUCUUUAUGUCAUUUUCGUUAGAGGGCCUUAGAGGCAUCAUUCCUCUUUAUGUCACUUCGUUUGGAGUGGGCAUUAUUCACUCUUCAUAUCACUUCGUUAUGAGAGUGAGCAUCAUUCCUCUUUAUGUCACUUCGUUAGGAGUGGGCAUCAUUCCUCUUCAUAUCACUUCGUUGGGGUCCUUCGUUAUGGUGAGCAUCAUUCAUUUCUCUUUAUGUCACUUCGUUAGGAGUCAUCAUUCACUCUUUAUGUCCUUCGUUAGGAGUGGGCAUCAUUCACUCUUUAUGUCACUUCGUUAUGGUGAGCAUCAUUCACUCUUUAUGUCACUUCGUUAUGUCAUCAUUCACUUUUAUGUCACUUCGUUAAGGAGUGGGCAUCAUUCACUCUUCAUGUCACUUCGUUAUGGAGAGGCAUCAUUCACUCUUUAUGUCACUUCGUUGGGUGAUCAUCAUUCACUCUUUAUGUCACUUCGUUAUGGUGAGCAUCAUUCCUCUUUAUGUCACUUCGUUAUGAGUGAGCAUCAUUCACUCUUCAUGUCACUUCGUUGGGGUGAGCAUCAUUCCUCUUUAUGUCACUUCGUUAGGGGAGUGAGCAUCAUUCACUCUUUUCAUGUCACUUCGUUAGGAGUGAGCAUCAUUCCUCUUUAUGUCACUUCGUUAGGGGUAGUGAGCAUCAUUCACUCGUCAUGUCACUUCGUUAGGAGUGGGCAUCAUUCACUCUUCAUGUCACUUCGUUAUGGUGAGCAUCAUUCACUCUUUUCAUGUCACUUCGUUAGGAGUGAGGCAUCAUUCACUCUUUAUGUCACUUCGGUGAGCAUCAUUCACUCUUCAUGUCACUUCGUUAGGGUGAGCAUCAUUCACUCUUCAUGUCACUUCGUUAUGGUGAGCAUCAUUCACUCUUUAUGUCACUUCGUUAUUAGUGAGCAUCAUUCCUCUUUAUGUCAUUUCGUUUGGAGUGGGCAUCAUUCACUCUUCAUGUCACUUCGUUAUGGUGAGCAUCAUUCCUCUUUUAUGUCACUUCGUUAUGAGAGUAGGCAUCAUUCACUCUUUAUGUCAUUUCGUUAUGGUGAGCAUCAUUCAUUUAUGUCACUUCGUUAUGGUGAGCAUCAUUCUCUUUAUGUCACUUCGUUAGGGGUGAGCAUCAUUCACUCUUUAUGUCACUUCGUUAGGGGUGAGCAUCAUUCCUCUUUAUGUCACUUCGUUAGGAGUGAGCAUCAUUCACUCUUUAUGUCAUUCGUUAGGGGUGAGCAUCAUUCACUCUUCAUGUCACUUCGUUAUGGUGAGCAUCAUUCACUCUUUAUGUCAUUCACUCUUUAUGUCCUUCGAGUGAGCAUCAUUCCUCUUCAUGUCACUUCGUUAUGUGAGCAUCAUUCACUCUUUAUGUCACUUCGUUAUGGUGAGCAUCAUUCACUCUUUAUGUCAUUUCGUUAUGGUGAGCAUCAUUCACUCUUCAUGUCACUUCGAGUGAGCAUCAUUCACUCUUCAUAUCACUUCGUUAUGGUGAGCAUCAUUCACUCUUUAUGUCACUUCGUUAGGAGUGGCAUCAUUCACUCUUCAUUCACUUCGUUGGGAGUGAGCAUCAUUCACUCUUAUGUCACUUCGUUGGGGGUGAGCAUCAUUCCUCUUUAUGUCACUUCGUUAGGAGUGAGCAUCAUUCACUCUUUAUGUCACUUCGUUAGGGGUGAGCAUCAUUCCUCUUCAUAUCACUUCGUUAUGAUGAGCAUCAUUCCUCUUUAUGUCAUUUCGUUAGGAGUGAGCAUCAUUCACUCUUCAUAUCACUUCGUUAUGAGAGUGGGCAUCAUUCACUCUUCAUGUCACUUCGUUAGGACUGAGCAUCAUUCACUCUUUUAUGUCACUUCGUUAGGGUGGGCAUCAUUCACUCUUUAUGUCACUUCGUUAUGGGUGAGGCAUCAUUCCUCUUUAUGUCACUUCGUUAUGGGUGAGCAUCAUUCCUCUUUAUGUCACUUCGUUUGGGUGGGCAUCAUUCACUCUUCAUGUCACUUCGUUAUGGUGAGCAUCAUUCACUCUUUAUGUCACUUCGUUAGGGAGGCAUCAUUCACUCUUCAUGUCACUUCGUUGGGUGAGCAUCAAUCACUCUUUAUGUCACUUCGUUGGGUGAGCAUCAAUCACUCUUUAUGUCACUUCGUUGGGGUGGGCAUCAUUCACUCUUCAUAUCACUUCGUUAUGGAGUGGGCAUCAUUCACUCUUCAUAUCACUUCGUUAGGAGUGAGCAUCAUUCACUCUUCAUGUCACUUCGUUAGGAGUGAGCAUCAUUCACUCUUUAUGUCAUUUCGUUAUGAGGUGAGCAUCAUUCACUCUUUAUGUCACUUCGUUAUGACUUCGUUAUGGGCAUCAUUCAUUCUUUAUGUCAUUUCGUUAUGGGUGAUCAUCAUUCACUCUUCAUGUCACUUCGUUAUGGUGAGCAUCAUUCACUCUUUAUGUCACUUCGUUAGGGUGAGCAUCAUUCACUCUUCAUGUCACUUCGUUAUGGGUGAGCAUCAUUCACUCUUUAUGUCACUUCGUUAUGAGUGGGCAUCAUUCACUCUUUAUGUCACUUCGUUAUGGAGUGAGCAUCAUUCACUCUUUAUGUCACUUCGUUAUGGUGAGCAUCAUUCACUCUUCAUAUCACUUCGUUAUGGGAGUGAGCAUCAUUCCUCUUUAUGUCACUUCGUUAGGGUGGGCAUCAUUCAUCUUUAUGUCACUUCGUUAGGGUAUCAUUCUUCGUUCGUUAGGGAGUGGGCAUCAUUCACUCUUUAUGUCACUUCGUUAGGAGUGGGCAUCAUUCCUCUUUAUGUCAUUCGUUGGGAGUGGCAUCAUUCUCUUAUGUCAGUUGUGAGCAUCAUUCACUCUUUAUGUCACUUCGUUAGGGUGAGCAUCAUUCACUCUUUAUGUCACUUCGUUGGAGUGAGCAUCAUUCACUCUUCAUAUCACUUCGUUAUGAGUGAGCAUCAUUCCUCUUUAUGUCACUUCGUUAUGGAGUGGGCAUCAUUCACUCUUUAUGUCACUUCGUUAGGGUGGGCAUCAUUCACUCUUCAUAUCACUUCGUUAUGGAGUGGGCAUCAUUCAUUCUUCAUAUCAUCAUUCGUUAGGGUGAGCAUCAUUCACUCUUUAUGUCACUUCGUUAGGGUGGGCAUCAUUCACUCUUCAUGUCACUUCGUUAGGGAGUGGGCAUCAUUCACUCUUCAUAUCACUUCGUUAGGAGUGAGCAUCAUUCACUCUUCAUGUCACUUCGUUAGGAGUGAGCAUCAUUCACUCUUCAUGUCACUUCGUUAUGAGGUGAGCAUCAUUCACUCUUCAUGUCACUUCGUUGGGGUGGGCAUCAUUCACUCUUUAUGUCACUUCGUUAGGGUGGGCAUCAUUCACUCUUUAUGUCACUUCGUUAUGGAGUGGGCAUCAUUCACUCUUUAUGUCAUUUCGUUAGGAGUGAGCAUCAUUCACUCUUCAUAUCACUUCGUUAUGUGUGAGCAUCAUUCACUCUUUAUGUCACUUCGUUAUGGUGAGCAUCAUUCACUCUUCAUGUCAUUUCGUUGGGAGGUGGGCAUCAUUCACUCUUCAUAUCACUUCGUUAUGGUGAGCAUCAUUCACUCUUUAUGUCACUUCGUUAUGAUAUAUUUCCGCGUCAAAAUCUAUCUAUCUAUCUAUCUAUCUAUCUAUCUAUCUAUCUAUCUAUCUAUCUAUCUAUCUUGUCAGCGAGAUAUCCCCAUUGGUCACAUGCUUAUCUAUCUAUCUAUCUAUCUAUCUAUCUAUCUAUCUUGUCAGCGAGAUAUCCCAAUUGGUCACAUGCUUAUCUAUCUAUCUAUCUAUCUAUCUAUCUAUCUAUCUAUCUAUCUAUCUAUCUAUCUAUCUGACACGCCAAAGAUCUCAAUCGACAUUACCGAUUCUUGCAAUUUAAUAUAG